AUGUCGAAAGACACGGUCUUCUACCCUCGCGUCUUGAAGAGGGGUCCCUUCACCGUCGAGGCAGCCGGCUACGAGCCCGUCGAAGGAGAGACCGUUCCACGACGUCACCCCUCGGCCAAAGACGAGCUUCUCAAGACGCCCAACCCAGAGAUUGCUACCACCUACGACAACCUCAGAUGGAGCGCAAAGACGUACGGGAACUCCAAGGCCGUCGGCUCGCGCAGGGUCGUCAAGACGCACGUUGAAAACAAGAAGGUCAAGCGGCUCGUCGAGGGCGUCGAGCAGGAGGUCGACAAGGAAUGGACCUACUUUGAGCUCAGUGGCUACAGCUACCUGACCUUCACGGAGUACGAGCAGCAGGCUCUGCAGCUUGGUGCCGGUCUCAGGAAGCUCGGCCAUCAGGCCGGCAGCAGACUCCAUCUCUUCAGCUCUACCAGCGCUCACUGGCUGUGUCUUUCUCACGGCGCUGCAUCUCAGUCCAUCACCAUUGUGACUGCGUACGAUUCCCUCGGCGAAGAAGGUGUUCGGCACUCCCUCCAGCAGACUCACAGCGAGUCCAUUUUCCUAGACCCUACCCUACUCCCACUGCUACGAAAAGUCCUCAAGGAUGCAAAGGAUAUCAAGAAUGUCAUCUACGACACCAAUGCGGAACCUAAACAGGAGCACAUCGAUGCACUCAAGGAGGACUUUGACUACAUCAACAUCAUGACCUAUGAAGACCUCCGGAAACUGGGCGAGGAAAACCCCGUUGACCCGGUACCCCCAUCCCGCGACGACCUCUGCUGUAUCAUGUACACCUCUGGUUCGACGGGUCCGCCAAAGGGUGUCCCUCUCACCCACGGAAACGUUGUCGGUGCUAUGGCGGGUGGUGAUUCAAUUGUUGGCCCUUAUCUCGGCCCCAGCGACGUGCUCCUGACAUACCUACCUCAAGCCCACAUCCUCGAAUUCGUGUUUGAGAACCUCUGUCUGUUCUGGGGUGGCACCAUGGGCUACGGAAGCCCCAAGACCCUCUCAGACACGUCCGUCAGAAACUGCAAGGGUGAUAUCCGCGAGCUCCAGCCAACUAUUCUCGUCGGUGUCCCCAUGGUCUGGGAAUCCGUGAAGAAGGGCAUCAUCGGUAACGUCAACAAGAACAGUGCCAUCGUCAAGAGCAUUUUCUGGGCUGGUAUGGCUGCCAAGGAGUUCCUAAUGUCCACUGGUUUGCCCGGCGCCGGCAUACUAGACUCCUUUGUCUUCAAGAAGAUCAAAGAUGCCACCGGAGGCCGUUUGCGCCUCACUCUCAGCGGUGGUGGACCAGUCUCAAAAGAGACUCAACGAUUCCUCUCCAUGGCCGUCUGCCCCAUGAUCAACGGUUACGGUCUGACUGAGACCUCUGCUAUGGGUGGUCUCAACGAUCCCAUGGCCUGGACCAACGAUGCCAUAGGCGAAAUCCCAGCUGCCGUCGAGAUGAAACUCGUCGACUUCGCUGAUGCAGGCUACUUUACCAAAAACAACCCACCCCAGGGUGAGAUCUGGAUCCGAGGUGUGAGUGUUGCAAAGAGCUACUUCGACAACGACGAAGAAACUAAAGCUGCCUUCUCACCUGACGGCUGGUUCAUGACCGGUGACAUUGGCCAGUUCGAGCCCAACGGCCAUAUCAAGGUCAUUGACCGCAAGAAGAACCUCGUCAAGUCCCUGAACGGCGAAUACAUCGCUCUCGAAAAACUUGAGUCCAUAUACCGCUCUGCUCCCGUCGUGGCCAAUAUCUGCGUAUACGCCGCUCAAGACCAGGCUAAGCCUGUUGCCAUCAUCGUACCUGCAGAGCCAGCCCUGCUCCAGCUUGCAAAGUCCAACGGUAUCCAGGGAGAUAGCAUCGGCACCCUUGUUCAUGAUAAGAAGCUCAACUCCAUCAUCUUGAGGGACAUGCAGAAUGUAGGCAAGUCCGCCGGUCUGCGUGGCUUCGAGAUCAUCGAAGGUGUCGUCCUCUCAGAUGAGGAAUGGACUCCUCAGAACGGAUUUGUCACCGCAGCACAGAAGCUACAGCGCAAGAAGCUGGUGAACAAGUACCAGAAAGACAUAGAUCGCGCCUACGGAAAAUCUUCGUAG